AUGUUUGCUCGGCAAACGGGACAACGACUUAGACAGGAGGAGCAUUUCGAACAGAGUGAGCUAUGUCUACAUGUGCCGUCAGGUGUAUGGAUUCCAGCCUAUCGUAUUCGUCCAGUGUCAGAUCAUCGAUGUCUUCGCCACUCAGCUGCAGACACUGUUUCUUGA